UCUUGCGCAUGUGCGUCCUCUGACCCGCCAUAUUGAACUAGAAGGGUUUAUGUUGUAUUUGUGUGCAGGACGUUCGUACUGCAUUUGUUGAUUGUGUUGGAUUUUGUUGAUUGUUUAACUUAUUGCAUUCAAAAUGAGUGACAUCGACCCAAAUAAGUUGAAGGUUGCUGAGCUUCGGGAAGAGCUGAAGACGCGAGGAUUGGAAACAAAAGGCACGAAGCCAGUGCUUGUGAAGAGACUAAAACAGGCCCUCAACAAAGAGAGUGGAUCAGAAGAUGCUAAUGAAUCUCUGGACACAUCGCAAGACGCCGGUGAUGAAUCAUCACAGGAAGGGAGUCAGAUACAGGAAGAUCUGACAGCUGCAGAAACUGCUCCAGCAGCUGAGGCUGAACCUGAAGCUGAAGCUGAACCUAUGCAGGAAGAAGCUCCGACAGAAGCAGCAGCUGAAGCAGCAGCUGAGCCUGAGGUCGAGGUGAAGGCUGCAGAGGGGACAGAUGCUCAGAACGGGGAUGAGGAGGCUGCUCCAGGAGACGAUAUGGCUGAGGAGUAUCAGACUAUAGAUGAAACUUCACAAGAUGAUGGAGAGGAGGGCAAAGAUGAUGAACGUGGAGCAAAAAGGAAGAGGUCUAGAUCCAGAUCUAGGGAAAGGAAGAGGUCUCGUUCCCAUGACAGAUCUCGUCGGUCUCGAUCACGAUCACGAGACAGGCAUAGACGCCCACCACCCGAGAUGGAUGAUGAUGGCUGGGAAACUGGUACAGAUUUCAAGUUGGACAGAUUUAACUGUGACUUGAAUAUGCGCAUUGAUGAGAAUGGUGUGAAGGCUCACCCUCUGACCGUGGAAGGGUUUGGCUUCAUGUGGGCUGGUGUGAGAACAAUGUUCGCAGUGAACAAGGGCAAGGUUGCAUUUGAGGUCAAGAUAUUGGAGAACUUGAAUGUUGAACAUCUCCCAUCAGAAGAGUCCAACCCCCAUGUUGUGCGUGUCGGCUACUCAGUGGAUGGAGCUUCACUACAACUUGGUGAAGAGGCUUUGUCAUAUGGUUAUGGUGGUACAGGCAAGGCAUCAACAGAGUGUAAAUUCAAUGACUAUGGAGAGAAAUUCUCAGAGGGGGAUGUCAUCACAGCUUAUCUAGAUCUAGAUAGUGAGGAACCCACUAUUUCCUAUGCAAAGAAUGGUACAGAUCUUGGCAAGUGUUUUGAUAUUGACAAGAGUCAGCUGGGAGAACAGGCUCUGUUCCCCCACAUCCUCACCAAGAACACUGAGUUUGAAUGCAACUUUGGACAAAGGGAGGAGCCCUAUUUCCCUCUUGCUGAAGGCUAUGUGUUCUUUGAGACAGUGGCACAAGAAGAUCGUAUCAGGGGUGCCCUGCCACCAGCGCAGAAGGGAGAUUGUGAGAUCCUUAUGAUGGUUGGUCUGCCAGGCGCUGGCAAAACCUACUGGGCAGAAAAACAGGCAAAGGGAAAUCUGGAGAAGAGGUACAAUGUGCUGGGUACCAACAACAUCAUCGACAAGAUGAAGGUCAUGGGUCUGCCUCGUAAGAAGAACUAUGCUGGUCGAUGGGACGUCCUUAUUGACAAAGCAACAAAGUGCCUCAACAGGAUGAUUGAAAUUGCUGCUCGCAAAAAGCGAAAUUAUAUCUUGGACCAGACAAAUGUGUAUGCAUCAGCCCGGAGACGUAAAAUGCAGCCUUUUGAAGGUUUCCAACGCAAGGCGAUUGUGGUAGUACCUACUGAUGAGGAUUUCAAAACCCGCAUUGCCCAAAGGGAGAAGGAAGAGGGAAAAGAGGUGCCAGAAAAAGCUGUUCUUGAAAUGAAAGCUAAUUUCACAUUGCCAGAAACAGGGUCUCUGUUUGACGGUGUAGAGUUCACUGAGCAGGACAAGGAAGAGAUCGAUAAGCUGGUAGAGAAGUACCGCAAAGAAGGCCAGGCAGCUCUCCCUCCUCCGGACAAGAGAUUCAGAGGAGAUAGGUUCUCGGGUCGAGGUCGUUAUGACAACCGCGAUCGUCGUGGUGGCUAUGACCAACGUGAUCGUGGUAGAGGAGGCUACCGUGGGGGAUAUGACCGUAGAGGAGGUGGUUAUGGAGGCUACAAAUCAGGUGGGGGACGUUAUGAUGACCAGGAUAGAUCUGGAGGUCGACAGGCACAGUCCUAUGACCGCAACUACAACCAUAAUCGCAGUUACAACCAGGGCUCCUACAACAAGCAAGGCUCCUGGGGCAGUCAGGGGUCGUGGGGGAACCAGGGUUCAUGGGGCAACCAGGGAUCUUGGGGCUCAAACAACCCUAACUAUAAUUGGAGUGGUUAUGGCCAGGGUUCAUCAAACCAGGGAUACGGUCAAUGGGGAGGUCAAGGCAGCUGGGGACAGAACUACUGGGGUCAGGGUGGCAACUACAACAACCAGAAUCAACAGUACGGCAGCUGGGGCUAUGGCAACUACAGCAACAAAUAGUGGCUUCAACAUCACACCUAUAGUCAGUUUCCUUAAGUCACCAGUGCCCUGGUGUCAAGCAAGGGAGGAGUAGGGGAGAAGCAUGGAUCGGUUGAUGGGUAUACUUCAGCGACAGAUGUCAGGAGACCUGUGUUCAAGCCUGUUGUAUGAGGUACACCUCGACAUGAUUUCUACCUCUCAGCCGUACUCCGGAACCCACAAGACAGGGAUCAUGUCCUUGAUCAUUCAACCUGAACAUAUUUCUUUGAAUUUCUCAGUGUCUUCAUGUUACUGUUUUGGUGCAGUGUUGUGCUUGUGUAUCAACUGUAUAUAAAAUCCUGUCUGUUCCGUGAAGUUACACAAUGUUUUUGUAAAAGGAAAAGAAUACAGGAAUGAAACAGUUUUGCAUCAGCUGUAGAAUGCAUUUAUCAAGUCUUCAUGAAGAAGAUGGACAUUAGUCAUGUUGCUAUUUCUUACACUUAAUCUUGUUCUUUAGGUCAUUCGUCAUCUUUGUAGAUGUUCAUUAAUGUGAAUCAUGAAAAACAAUUGAUUAUGUGCAUAAUUAGAGAUACUUUCCAUGAAUCAGACCAUCACAGCAAGUUCAUCGUCUUCUCCCAUAUGACAGGAGCAUGGUAAAGCAUAUUAAUUGUUGCCUGUCAUUGUACAAAACAUGUCAUAUCUUUUGUUUUAAACCAUCAUCCGAGCCGAACUGUGUGCAUCUUCUGAUUUCAUUCAGGAACAUUCAUAGAUUUUAUAAAAAUAUUUUAUUGUAAUUUUAUUUUAAUGUUUCUUGUUAAAUUGGCCUUGUUGUUAGUGUCCAACUAUAACAAUAGUCAGUGAGAAUAGAGCCCUGUAAUUAAUAGUAGGUGGAUAAUUGGUAUUGUGUAUCAUGUACAUUGACAACUGUUGUAUCUAGCUGUUUCUGAGACUGACAUCUAGGAGCCAGUGUGACACUGAUCAGGAAAACUGGGGAUGCGGUUCCAGAAACUGCUGAGCAAAUCGGUUGUUGAAGAGAUUUUAGUGGAUAUUUUAUGUUCAAAAUGCGUUACUUAUGAAACAUGUCUUCAUUGUUAAAUACAUCUUUCUUGGCAA